GUAGAGGACGAAAGGAGGCGUGUCUGUAUUGUGGUGCAAGGCAUUACUGCACCUUGUCUGGCUGUCCUUGUGUUAGCUUUGACCUCGUUCCGUAUCAACCACAAGAGAGCUGUUGCCCGUAGGCUGGAGCAGCCACUGAGGUAUGAGACACAGCUGGGACAAAAAGGAGAACCUGGAAUAGUGCCACCUGUUUCAGGAAUACGAGGCCGUCCGGGACCAGCCGGACCUCCAGGCUCACAAGGACCACGAGGAGAACGAGGACCAAAGGGAAGACCUGCAAAACCUGUCAUAGUUUCCGAACAGCAGCCGCAAUGGGCCAGUUGCGGUCCUCGGGGUCCUCAGGGGAUUGACGGUGAACCUGGUAUCCCUGGCCAGCCUGGUGACCCUGGUCCUCCAGGGCAUCCUACCCACCCAGGACCAGAUGGACUAAGCAGGCCAUUUUCAGCUCAGAUGGCAGGACUGGAUGAGAAAUCUGGACUUGGUAGUCAGAUGGGAAUGAUGCCUGGUGCAGUGGGUCCAGUGGGUCCCAGAGGUCCUCAAGGUCUCCAGGGAAAACAAGGUGGUGCUGGUCCUACAGGCCCACCUGGUGAACCUGGGGAUCCAGGACCUAUGGGUCCAGUUGGUUCUCGUGGACCAGAGGGACCUCCAGGCAAACCUGGUGAAGAUGGUGAACCUGGUAGACCAGGACAAUCCGGUGAGACUGGAUUUCCAGGAUCUCCGGGGCCUCGAGGCUUUCCUGGUGCUCCUGGUCUCCCAGGUCUCAAGGGUCACAGGGGAUUGAAAGGACUUGACGGUCCAAAAGGUGAAAUUGGAGCAGCUGGAGCAAAGGGAGAAUCCGGACCAACAGGUGCCAUGGGUGCAACGGGUCCUCUAGGACCUAGAGGAAUGCCAGGAGAAAGAGGUCGAAUUGGACCACAGGGUGCCCCUGGUGGACGUGGCCAGCAUGGUAUGCCUGGGAAGCCAGGGCCAAUGGGCCCACUUGGCAUAACAGGUUCUCCAGGUUUUCCAGGUGCUCCUGGUGUAAAGGGUGAAGCAGGUCCAACGGGUCCUCGUGGUCCUGAAGGUCCUCAAGGACAAAGGGGUGAAACGGGUCCACAGGGCCCAGCUGGAUCACAAGGUCUUCCUGGUACCGAAGGGACAGAUGGUUCCCCAGGUGCUAAGGGCCCUACUGGAUCUCCAGGCACUGGAGGCCCCCCUGGUUUAUCAGGUCCACCCGGUUCCCCAGGACCACAAGGCAGUACUGGCCCCCCUGGUAUUCGAGGCCAGCCGGGAGACCCUGGUGUCCCAGGUUUCAAGGGAGAAGCAGGACCCAAAGGUGAACCCGGCCCACAAGGUCCCCAGGGUCCCAUUGGACCUGUAGGUGAAGAAGGGAAAAGAGGUCCUCGAGGUGAUCCAGGGUCAGUAGGUCCACCAGGUCCUGUUGGAGAGAGGGGUGCUCCUGGUAACCGUGGUUUUCCGGGUUCUGAUGGCUUGCCUGGACCAAAGGGUGCUCAAGGAGAGCGUGGUCCAGCAGGUUCUUCUGGUCCUAAAGGAGGUCAGGGAGAUCCUGGGCGCCCUGGUGAACCUGGCCUCCCGGGUGCAAGGGGCUUGACAGGAAAUCCAGGUGUUCAAGGCCCUGAAGGAAAACUCGGCCCCUUGGGUGCUCCUGGAGAAGAUGGACGUCCAGGUCCAGCAGGUUCAAUAGGAAUCAGAGGCCAGCCAGGCAGCAUGGGCCUUCCUGGGCCAAAGGGUAGCAGUGGUGAUCCUGGAAAACCUGGAGAAGCAGGCAACGCAGGUGUCCCAGGACAGAGAGGAGCCCCUGGUAAAGAUGGUGAAGUUGGUCCUUCCGGUCCUGUUGGCCCACCAGGUCUGGCAGGAGAAAGAGGAGAACAAGGCCCUCCAGGUCCUACAGGGUUUCAGGGCUUGCCUGGGCCACCCGGUCCUCCAGGUGAGGGAGGAAAGCCAGGUGAUCAGGGUGUGCCCGGAGAUCCUGGAGCUGUUGGUCCGUUGGGCCCUAGGGGAGAACGUGGCAAUCCAGGGGAAAGGGGAGAACCAGGUGCAUCAGGACUCCAGGGUGAAAAGGGUAUGGCUGGAGGUCAUGGUCCUGAUGGUCCAAAGGGAAGCCCAGGCCCUAGUGGGACGCCUGGUGAUCCUGGCCCACCUGGUCUUCAAGGUAUGCCUGGAGAAAGAGGGAUCGCUGGAACGCCUGGCCCCAAGGGUGAUAGAGGCGGCAUAGGUGAGAAAGGAGCUGAAGGUACAGCUGGCAACGAUGGGGCAAGA